AAAACCACCCGAAAACCUCUAUUCACCGCCGCCUCCGCCGCACCCCGCUGCGUUCCCGCCAUAAUGAGUGGUACAUCGAAGUUCCUUACAUUUCUCACCGCCACUCAUUCGCCAAUCGCCCUACUUCACCGCCCCUGCUGCUUCCUACAUCGGCGGUCCGUUAUUUUCGCCCGCACUCUCUCCGCCUCUCCUAGCCGCCUCCCCGUAUCUUCUCCCGCCCAAUUCCCACCCCUUCGGACACCCAUCGCUACUUCCCGGCGUCAAUUUCAAUCAGCGGCCCUUCCAGUUGAUAAUCGACAUAGCGCGCAUGCCUCUUCUCCCUUGACGGCUCACCCGUGGCCAGAAUGGUUCAACCUAAUCAACGCGAUCUCCGCAAGCGGACAGUCGGAGGAGAACGGAUUAAUCCUGGAGGAAGAUGCAUUUGUGGCGUUCGAGCAAUUGCCAGAUGAUUUUGUUCGGGCUGCUAGAAAAUGCCUUGCGUUUGCUAGACAAAGACCAAAUCUUUUGGGUUCACUCUCGAGGAGGGAUAUUGAGGUAGUUGUGUCAAAUGGCACACCAUUUUUGUUCAGAACCGCUCUUGAAACAGCAUGUAGGCUGAGGGCUUUUCUUGGUAUUGAUGGAAACCAUGCAUUGGAUCGUGGUGAUGCAUACACAGUUGAUAUUAUGAAAUAUAUAUUGAGUUAUGCCAGCAAUCCCGCUGGUUCUCCUGGACAAAAUCCUGUGUAUAGUCGGAAACUCCUAGAAACAUCCAUUAGAAACCUUUUGCAAGAAUUGAUUGAAGUUGGUUGGGGAACUCCAGCAGCUGUCUUGCCUCCUCGAGAAGUUCACCAGUUUUUAGGUAUAGCUGGAGAAACACCAAGGUUUGCUGGACAAAACAUAGUAAUGAAGAGAGGUGACUGGAUAUGCCCCAAGUGCAGUUUUAUGAACUUUGCAAGAAAUUUGAAGUGUCUCGAGUGUGAAGAACCUAGACCGAGAAGACAGCUAACAGGCGGGGAGUGGGAAUGUCCCAAAUGUGAUUUCUUGAACUACGGAAGAAAUGUGGCCUGCCUCAGAUGUGAUUCUAAACGGCCAGCUGCGGCUUCAUUCAACACUGUUAAUAACAACAGCUCAGGGAAUGCUUAUUAUAGAACUGUAAACCGUGAUAGGCUUACCAGUAGUGAGGAGAAUGCACAAAAAUGGUUUAUUAAAGCAAACGAUGCUUCUGGUAUAAAUGACACAUCAGCUGAUGGAGACAUCUUCCCUGAGAUGAUAAUGCCAUUAGGGAAAGAAGAAAACAAGUCUGUUGUGAGCGCAAUAAGAAAGACACUUUUGGAAAGGAGGCUGGCCAAUUCUCGAUACAAAGGGAACUCCGUGAACAGUAUCUUACCUGAAGAAGAAGAAGACAAAGAGAGAGCUGAAAAAUCAGGAAAUAAUUGGUUCAAAAAAAUGGAAGGACUGCACAAUGAUUUUCCAGAGACCGUGCAGACGAAUGAUGAUUCUUUAACCGCUCCAAUGAACAAAAGGGAAACAGAUAAGGAUUUUGUCCCUUUCGUUCCAUUCCCUCCCGGAUUCUUCGCUACAAAGGAAACCCACGAUAAGUUGGAAAACGACAUAGGAGGGAGUAGCCACACCGAAAAUGAUCAUGCAUCCCAUGCCAAACAGAAUCCAAGGAGAAGUGUGUGGACGGGAAAGAGCUUAGAAGGGUGUGGGGUUAAGGAGGAAGCAAAUGAUCCGUUGGACAUGUCCGAAGAGGCGAAAACAGAGAGGUGGUUCCGGCGCGUGGCUCAAAUAAAAGACAUAUCUGAGCUUAGCCAGAUACCGGAUGAAGACUUCCCUUCCAUAAUGCCAAUGCGUAAAGGGGUUAAUAGGUUUGUCGUCAGCAAGAGGAAAACCCCAUUGGAGAGGCGGUUGAUGUCUUCACAGUAUAAGAGGAAUCUCCCGGCGGUGAGGAGUACUGGUGAUUUUGUGGAAAAAGAAGAUGAUGUUAAUGAAACAGAAUGAGAAUAGUUUGCCACCAGUUUUCUUGUUGGGUGCACCCAUAGUAGCACCCAUGUGGUAGCACCCAUGUGGUGGCACCCUAACAUUAUUCUUAUUAUUAAUAUUUGACGUAAAUAGGUCACCUUUUUAAAACUUUAAAGUGCUCCAUCCAUUGUUUAGUUUCUGUGUUCUCAUUAAUUAUGGAGUUCUAGAGUAGUGCUGUUUUUUGGGGGAGUACGGAGUACUCCAUGUGUAUUAAUAAAAGAAAAUGUUACUCAGUAA